AUGCCGGCCCAGUGUUUGCCUGGCUACCCUCUGAGAGAGCGGCUGACUGGACAAGGGCUGGGGCUGGCGCCUGCCUGCCUGGAUGGGACGCAUGCAGUCGCACACACAUACAGGAGAUGAAGGGAGCCCAAAUAUCCGCUGCUCUCUCUGCUCAUGGCGACACACCUUUAGACACUCUGGCCCAGGGAGAAUGAUCUCUUUUAUCCCAGACAGGCCCUGUGUGAGGGGCUCUGGCUCUCUGGUGGGCCCAGACUGAAUGUCAGCGCUGCCAUUGAGCUGACCUUACCUGCUGCUGUACAUGGAGAGAAAAUAUAAUUGUUUCACCUUUUGGGUUGUAUCGACCAGGAAAUCCAAUACAUGCAGGGAAAAAGGGUCAGGCAUACAGGGAGGGCAUGGCAGGCCUCUCACUACAUUUUGGUGUGCGUAUCUCACUGUGUCUGUGUAUUUAGGCUAUGUGAGGCCGGGAUAGUUUAAUGGCACUGUGAAUAAAUGUCCUAGCCAGGUUGAGGGCGGCGUUGCUCUGCUCUGCUCAGUGCUUUGGCUGGCUAUGUAACACUGCCUGCCUGCCUGCCUCGUGGUUUGUGUGUUAAGCCCUUUUAGGAUGAUUUAAUGGCCUUAGCUGGCCUUAGCUCUCCCACAUCUCAGACUACUGGAGCUGCUUUGACCCUACUCCUAAAUCAAGCUGCCUGACACCCUGGUGCUGUGGCUGCCUACGCCCAAGUCCUCCUGUCCCCUCUUCUCCUCUUCUCCUCCCCUCCUCUCCUACCUCUCCACAAAUAGAAAUGUCAUGAAUAGAGCUGAAAUGAUUCCUUAUUCUCAGAGAGGCAUGUUUGUUCUACAUAACAUAUUUCCAUCUGAACGUUACGCUACAUUGUGCCCUGCUGAACGCACCCUGGACUCUCACACUCAGAGAGGGAAUGGGAAAUCACGCUGGUCAUGCAGGGAGUCAUUAUGCUGCUCAAGGCCCAUCUUACAGCUGGCUAGGGAUUGUGUGUGUGUGUGUGUCCGUCCGAGGAACUGCUGCAUUGAUUUGGAUCUGUUUGCUGAGCACUCGGAGCAGAAAUGUGGCGUAGGAACACCUGGAGAGAGGGGGGUGUCAGGAGGCACUGUUCCACAUGUGCGCGCACACACCACCCCACCUCUGAUUCCUACGUGAGGACAGCCUGGGAUCCCAAUCAGCAGCACUUUAAAAGCUUUCCUCUUUCUCCCUUUAAUCGCAGGCUCAAUUUGUCACCGGAGUGUCCAAUUUCUGAUAAGCGCUUGACUGAGAGAGGCAGACGAGGUGGGGGGAAGAGCAGCACAAAAUGGAUGCACCUGCUCACAAAUGAAAUCAAGCCACUCCAUCUUCAUUUCUCUAUGCUGCUGCGCUAGCCCGCCUGGAACAAUGCUGUUGUGCAUUAGCUCUGCUCUUUCCACACACACACUCAGGCUAGGUCUGAAAGGGCACCCUAUUCCCUAUAUAGUACACUAGCUUUGACCAGGGUCCAUUGGGUCAAAGUGUGCACUAUAUAGGGAAUAGGGUGCCCUUUUGGACAGACUGAGUCAAGCCCAUUUGAGACUAAACCAUAAUGGAGAGGCUGGGCUGCACAGUUGUGUUUGGGCUGGGCCAAUCUGUGGGGCCAUGGGAGAAGGUGCUGGCUGGUAUUAAACAGUUUUUCACUAGGUCUGACAGGUCAGAAAACACAUAACGCUGGCAUCUGGCCCCCUCUCCUUUCUCCGCCUGCUUGUGCAGUAUGCACUCAAUCACACACACAUUUUAGACAUACUCACACACAUUUUGAAUCAGGCUGCACAGUACGCACACAUUUUAUGUCACAUUCAUUCGCAUAUCAGGCGGCAGGUAGCCUAGCGGUUAAGAGUGUUGGGCCAGUAACCGAAAGGUUGCUGGUUCGACUCCCCGAGCCUACUAUGUAGGUGAAAAAUCUGUCGGUGCCCUUGAGUAAGGCACUUAACCCAAAUUGCUCCUGUAAGUCGCUCUAGAUAAGAGCAUCUGCUAAAUGACUAAAAUGUAAAUAUCACACGCACACAUUUCAAAGCGCUCACACACACACAUUCAAGAUGUGUUAGAUUGUAUUGCUGGGAAUGUUACCGUGGGCAUAGCUGUAAUUCCUUGCCUAACUGGCUGUGUGGUAGGUUUCUCUGAGGCAGGCCCACACCACGACUGUAAAAUAUUAGUGCUUCUGAAACUCUAGUGUCCCUUCAGGGGACAACCCACAGACACCAGGCAGGAUUCUCACAUUAACCCCACCUCACUCACUCCCUCCCGCCUUUCUGUGGUAUGGCUUGUAAAUGUAUAGGGUUGCAAAAUGUUCAGUAACUUUCCCAGGUUUUCCAGAAAUCCCAGUUUGAAGAUUAAAACCAGGAGGGAUUAAGCAGGACAUCUGGGAAACCUUCAACUAGGAUUUCUGGAAAACCUGUGAAUUUGACCUGAAUUUUUCAAUGUGCUAUCUGCAGUAGUGCUGUUACAAACAGUACAUAGCUUGGUAUAGGUGUCAGUCAUCUCAACAUGUGACUGCCUGGCUGCAUUGUUGUCUCCUUUUGAUAAAGAGCUAAACUCUGUGGGAUUUAGAAAGAUAGAAAAGGAACAAUGUUGCUCUUAUAUGAGGACGACUAGGCCUAUCUCAGGGCUGUAGUGUGGUUAGCCUACACCUGAGAGGGUAUACUGUAGAGUAUGGGCUCUCCUCUCCCGUGGCAUGUAAGUCCCUCUCCCACGCCGGCAUCUGUCAUCCGCCAAUCUGUGUUUGAACAGUUGCAGACCAGGGCUGCUCCAAACCAGAGGAGCGGAGCGUGCGUAAUGUGGCUGGAGCGUGGAGCAGAUUAAAAAAAUGUUUGCAGUUGGCCUUCUCUCCCGUUCCAAUGGGGUGUCACAAAUGGGUGUCACAGCCUGUGUAAUUGGUAGCAAGACAACGAAUGAGCCCAUGCAGCAGCACCAUAGUCUUAAGUUUAUCAACCGUAAAAUGUGAGCACAACAGCGUCACUUACAACUGAAGUAUCUGAUCAUCAAUAGAUUAGAGAAAAGGCAAUUUUGUUUUUUUAACACAGCGGCCGCAUAUCAUCAGGUAGGUCCUUGUUUAAUAGCCUACGACAAGUUGUUGAACUGUUACGAUAACCUAGUUCAAAACCAAAUAGUACAUAGUCACAAAAGUACGUGGGGUGUUUGUUAAAUGUUCCUUUUAAACAAAAAAUGUAUGGAUUGAAUUUGGAGCGGGGAAAGGACGUUGAGUGCCAGAGCGGUGCGCAAAGAAGUGAUGAGUGGAAUUUCCAACCGCUCAACUCCGCUCACAUACUCUGCUCCAAACCCAACUGCCAAGUGGUACUCUGUUAAUUGCAGAGCAGAAAGAGUAAUGGCCGCCACAGCCACAGAUCCUUGCCACGGCUGUUUUUAUAAAACUCCCUGGGCUGAUUUAAUUUGAAAGGCAAGCAACUUAAUCAGAUUUAGCGUUAGGUGUAUUUAGUGUGUCUAAAUCAAAUGUAGGACUUUUAGUUGGUGUGUUUAAAAACCUACAGCUCUAGAGCGCUGCACAUAGAUCUCGCUGUGGUUUUUAAUGCAUGUCAGCAAUUGGGAUUUCUCUCUCCUCUUUCUCUCUCUUUCACAUUUUUAGGUUUUUAGACUGUCACAUCUCUGGAAGCAGUUGGUUUUUCCUCUCCAGCCCUCUGACUGUCUGUACUGUGGAUGGAUGUAGAUUAGAUAGAUGGGUAAAUAAAUAAGAAGCCAGGCAUCCUUCAGUUUGGAUCUGCUCUGUAUUGGCGGGGCCGUCCACACAUUUUACAUUCGGUGUAAACACGUCCGUCAAAUGACACUAGUAGAAGGGACCAGGGAAAUUGGUAUUCCGGUCAGCAUGCGAUGCAUGCACCUCUGUCGGCUUCUCAAGACUAGUGCCUUAACUUUGAGCAUGGACACACACACACAUACUCCAGUCUCGCACCUCCCACAUCAAGGAGCCAUGAGUGGUCAUUACAGUGAGUGCCCGACUAGAGUUGUGGUGGCUGGACAAGACUCUCCAUGGCUUACUGGCCCACAGUCAGUCCUUUCAGCCCUUGAGUAGGUGUGUGUUGUAAUGACUAUAGCCUCGGGAUGCGAUCAGGUCAGGACACCACCAGGUCAUAUCUCCUGACUCAUACAUUCACUCACUCUACUAGUCCUAGGAGCCAUGUGUCUGAAAUGGCAGCCUAUUCCCAAUAUAGUACACUCGUUUUGACCCAGGGCCAAUAGGAGAUAGGGUGCCAUUUCAGAAGCACCCUCUGUUUCCUUCCCCAGCUAGGCAACAAUAUAUCAUAGUUUCCCUUCGAAAUUCAACGUAUUAUGGAUGAAUGUCUAUUUUUGAUGCAUUAAUUCCAUGUGAUUACAGGGUUAAUUCCUCAUGGUUACAGGGUUAAAACAGAAACAACUCAAAAGGUUAACAGUAUAGCCAUUCAUUCUGAGUGGUUAGGGCUAUGGUUUGGGGAAGGCUUAAAACAAAGUAAUAGAAAAUGACGCGCUAGGUAUCGUCAGUGUUCAUAAUAUUCUCACAGCUUGCUAAAGCAUUGUGAUCUGCCGUAGCGCAGUGGUCUAAGCAGCAAGCUCCUGUUCGUUUUUUUGUAAGCGCCGCGGAAGUCAUAUAUCGACGUUCUCAGGACCUUUUCAAAUGUCCAAAAUCACCGGCUGUUUCUAGUGACCAGCAUGGAUGAGGAGCCAGUCAGUACUCUGUUGGCUGACUGGCUAGGGGCAGGGCCAGAGGCUCUCAUUCAGGCUAAAGAUGAGAGCCACUGAUGUUAAAGACCGACACUACGCAAUGGAUGAGGAAUGAGGCCAAUGGGGUGAUAGGAGGGCUCAUACAUUUUGUGUUUUUUUCCCUCCCCCCUCCCUUUCCUGUCAUGACAUCACGUCCUGUUAAGUGCUUCUGCUCUAAUUGUAAACAGACUUCUCCUCCUCUGUGACACUGACAGUCCGAGAUCAUCCAAGUGCGGACUGAUCACUAUUUUAGGUGGAGGCUGUUUCUGGCUCACUGGCUGGCAGCUCCUCUUCUCCUCCAUCCCCCCUUCACAUUUAAUUAGAGAAGUGUCAGUUAAUCUGUUACCCCCCCCCCCCCCCCCCCCCCCCAAAACUAAGUGCCUAAACUCAGAGUAGCUCUCUCUCCCUCAACCACCAAUGCGAUUUCCUUGUUUGAUUUUUGACACCUUUGGUGUUGCCUGUUUGGAAACAGUGCCAUACUGACUCUCUCUCCCCUCCCUCACUCACUCAUUUAAAUACACAGUACACAUACAUUCUCUUUAGUUGCAAAUAACAUUCCAGAUUGAUGAGGGCUGGCGUCUCUAUGGUUGAAAAAAAAAAAGUCAGCCAGCCCAGGACUAAACACCUCAGGAUCUGCUACAGUCAUCAGGAACUCUUUUGUGUGAGAAUGUGGUACACACACAGUGGAACAGAACAUCAGUGCCUGUGGGCCCUGGGCUAGCAGCAACACUGUUUCAUUCAAUCCUGUUCCGCUCUUACUGUUUGUACAACCCAGAUGGGCUAAUGAAGGCCACACUGAUGUGGACAGUCAGUUCUGAGUAACACACACAAGAGCAAGCGAGGGCUUUUUUCAUUUAGAAUGCUCUGGUUCGGAAUUCAAGGGUAAAAAGCUUUUCUUUUCUUUCUGUUUCUCUUUCUUUCCCCCAGGCAUUCAGCUCUCCUCGCUUGCAAAAGAAAAGUCAUUUAAUUCUCCCUGGUAGAAUCCGCACACACACAACACACUAAGGAUACAAUGAAUUUCUCCCAACAAGAUUUUUCCUUGGCUCUAUUAUGGACACUAUAACCUCAGGGUAAACACAAUUAAAUAACAGCAGCACACAGCCUGCUCUGCUUUCUCCUCUCCUCCCUCAGCCAUUAUCACAAACAAUGGAACAACACAAAGGCUUAGCUCUCUUAAUUGCUUUCGCCUUUAAUUGGGAAAGACUGCUAAGGACUAGCUGUUAAUGCAACCAACCAACCAAACAGGGUUUUCUUCUCACCUUGUUUUUAUAACACGGAAGCAUUUUUGGAAUCAUCUUUUCUAAUGAGCUGCUUAUUUUGAUGCUGAACUCUUAGUUUUCACUCACAUACACACACCACACACACACACACACACACACACACACACCACACACCACACCACACACACACACCACACACACACACUGGCAUGCACUAGUUUUCCCCUUACAUAGGCUACACUACAGCUAAACCCCUCUUCCAGCCCCUACAGCAUUGGGUUGUUUUUCUCUGCAAUUAGCCCUAUAGUACAUUUCCUACAGUUCCUCCUGGAUGUGUAACCAAUGCAGAUUGCCCUGACGUGGGGGGAUAUUGACCAAAGCAAUCAGAGGCAUGAUUAUAGCUGGCUGGUGGCAUUUUCUAAAUGGUCCUAUCACACAGUUUUUUCUCCACAGAUGGGAGAGUUGUUCUGCCCCUGAGAAAUGGAGGAAAGAUGAGACAAGCCUUGAAGUUGUGGAUGUGCAUGCAUCAGUCUUCAAAUACGGCAUUAUCUCAUCACUUCACUCUUAUAAAAAUAGGCUCACCCAAUGAUUUAAGAUACUAUUAUAGAUGUAUGUGAGUUGUGGUGGAGACUGGAGAGCCACUUGCUGCGUCAUCAUGUCAUGGGGUCCCUAAUGCCAUGAUGAAAGCACCAGGGGUGUCUGGGUCACUCAGUGUUAGACGCCUGGCUUAACUCCAGUGGCUGAGCCAUGACUCCACAAACACACUUCACGCAAGACGAGUAAGGAUUGCAAUUGGCUGGAUAUACAGGUGCCUGCCUGGGUCACUGCAGAGUAAAGUCCACACCAUACCAAUCUAACCCACCUGGGUUUUACCCUGUGGGCAAUUAGGAAUCCGUUGGAGUAGCAGAAGCCACAAACACACACAUACAGCCCUGCUGCAGCAUCUGAUAUUUCAUAGCUGUGCUAGAGAUAGUCUUACUGCACUAUCUGAGUGUUUGUAUUGUUGAAAGAGCCUGUGUUUUAUUUUCUGUCUGAUGUGUAUUUGAAGUGGAUGUGUCAUAGUGACUGGGUGGAUGUCAGGCCAGGGCCCUGUCUGUCUGUCUGGUUUCAUCAUCUCUUGCUGUAGUCUCUCUACAACUCUAAAGCAGAGUGUCAGCUGGAGCAUUACCGUAGGCUGACCUUUGCUGCUGCGCUCCCCAGUUUUCUGACAUUCAGGGGCGCUGUGGGGGAGGAGGAUUGUGUGUGUGUUAGAUGCCUCUGGGUGUGUAUAAAACAAACCAAUCGAAAGUUGGGAUUGCUUUGACUGGUAACCCUCCCUUCCUCGUCUAUCUAAAUUCUACACGUCUGCAUUUAAUGUGAGGUUGACUACCUCCACCCCAAUGCCUUUGUGUUCUUGAAAACAUUCUUGUAAUCCUUAUCGAGAAACGUUGGCACUAAGAUGAAUGGAGAGAGAAAAAGCGGAAAAUCUCCCUUGCGGUUUUAAGACCGGCACUGAAAUUCGCCACAUCACCCUGGCCGCACAGAAUGGAACAGCAGCAAAUCCUUAGAUCUGUCUGCUGGUAAGAGAGAGGGCACUCCUUCUACCACCCUCUCCCCCCGUCAUGCCACCCUUCCACCCCCUCCACAGCCCCCAACUGUCCUCCCCAAGCUGCCCCCCUCCCCGACCCCAUACCCCCCCCACCCAGACCCCAAGGUGCAGCACAGACAGCUCCAACUCGGGUAUCUCUCUCUGUGUAACUGCCAGCUUCAUUAAGGCUUGUUUUCUUUCCCCUCGCUGGGAGGUUUUAAAAGAGCUGUCAUCCUGACCUUUUUCAGCGCCUGUGUUUUAAAAGAGUUCAUCUCACCCCCCUCCUCUCCCUUCCCCUUUCUCUCCCCCCUCUACGGGGGACAGGCGCUUUUAAGCCGCCACCCUGCGGCAGACGGCCAUGCCAAGGUUGUUGGUGGGUAAUUGCCUCCCUCAUAACAACGCGGUGUGUGUGUGGUUUUUGUCUGUGCUCCAGUGUUUGUUCAGAUGCCACAUGGCAGCAAAGGAGAAGGGCACAGGGCAACGCACUCUGUCGACUUAAUUUGCUCCCUGACUGUCCUUCCGUGCUGAUUAAGCAAGCAUCUGUGGUGUUUUGAAUACUGUAAGUGAAGCAGACUUCAAUUAAAGCUGUUCUCUCUCUGCUGCUGCUGUUACCUCCGAUUAUGGUACUCGGUGGCAACCUCUCUCACACACACACAGCCUCACUAUUCAAAGUACCUUGUUAUUAAUUUUUUUCAUACGGUUGGGUCUCUAUUACUGUACUUUGUUUGAUGUCCCCUAAAUGUACCGCUACACAUGUUGUAGUGCUAUCCUCUUGAGGCCUGGUUGGGGACCGUAGUAUUGAUCUGGUACUUACUGCCAUGUUUCUACUACUGCUCUCUGGAGUCGGUUCUUUGAGUGGAGUGCACCACACACACACAUUCAUAUAAGGGUAACCUAUUCCUCCUGCCAAGGUCUUGUAGAGGCAAUGCACAGGUAGCUGCAGGGUCGUACCACCUAACUAACACACGGUGUGUGACUGUGAGAGAGUAAUUUUAAAGCUGCCAAUGCCUGUUGGCAGAAUCAGCCCCACGUUUUACCACUAGCUGUUUGAUGUUUUAAUUGGAGUUGUUAUUCACAUCAAAUGUCACCUUUACCUGAUGCUCCAGGUGUGAAACACUUUCUAAUUGAAUGGUAACUAUGUGUCCUCCCUGAACCUUCCCCCCCCAGGGGACCGAGGGUUCUAUUAGCCAUCCCUGUGCUGCUCUAUACUAUUACUGUAGUAUCGCCAUGUAGCAUAUGUGGCCCUGCAGCUAUGUCUGACCUCUUCCCCCCCCCCCUCUCUCUCUCCCUCUGCAGUGUGAGGAGGACCCAGUGUCCCAUGUUGCAUUAGUGUCUGUGUGAAAUGCUGGCCUGUCUGCCAGGGCCAGGUGACCUCUCCCUCCAGCUUCUCUCCCACACGCAGAUGAACACUGGACUUCAGAAAUGUAAGUGUCUCUACUCUACUCUCCUACACACACAGAACACACACACCAGGUUGCUAAAAUCCUGCUGCCCACCCCACAUCAGAUGAACAGAGCUGCUGAGUGCUGGCCUGGUUCUCUCUAACAGCCUUGUGUCAAAACCAAAAGAGACGACUGAGAAAGAAAAAGUGUUGUGCUCCAAUACAAUAGAUCACAAUUGAAGGAGAAGUCAGGGGAUGAGUCUGCACUAAUAACUUGCUUGGGAAAGUUCUGCGCUCGCCUCCCUCCCUCUCUCACCCAUCCUCCCUGUCCUCCCCCCUAAAGACCUGUCUCCCACUGGGAUGCGUUCCGGUGAUAAUGAGGAAGCCAAUCUCGUUAGGAUGAGAAACGAGGCGGACCAGGCAGCCAGUCAACAGCCAGCCACCAGCACACUGAGCAGGAUGUUUGUGUUUGUGUGUGAACAACACGCCCUUCUCUCAAGCAGUCUCACCUGUCUCCAUGUGACACCACAAAACCCCCACCCCUCCCUCUCUCCCCUGGGGUGAGGUACUGAACAGGUGACAUAUCUCUCAUAUACACAUACACCUUAUGGAUUAUUAUGUGUCAGUCAAUAGUCGUAAAUCGUUUCGGUGUUUGCCGGUACUGAAUUCAUUUCUGAGAUUACUAUGGUUUACUAUCACAUAAUGGUUACAGUGCCCAACAUGUACAACCUAAUGGGAGUAACAGGACAUACAUGUUGUGUUGAACAAUGGACACCCAUGCAUGUCUUUCCCAGUCUUUUUGGUCCCUCAGAACUGGUGCAAAGUCCUGUAGAAAGCUUCUCAAAUCUCCUAUCCAGGACCUUGUAAAUGACAUUAUCAUAAAGGAAAGGAAAGGGGAUACCUAGUCAGUUGUACAACUGAAUGCAUUCAACUGAUAUGUGUCUUCCGCAUUUAAACCAACCCCUCUGACUCAGUCAUGUACAUUAUUGAUCAGACCCACCCAGCCCAGGGCAUAGCCACCCCAACAGACAGCUUAAUUUAGAUUCCCACAUCUCCCCCUCUCCCUGAGGCUCAGAGAUUUCUAGAGAAUGUCCCCUCAUACUUGGAGGAAUCUCUUUCGCUCCCAGCCCCAGUCUGACCUAGUUCCGCAGCAGUUUUGUGUGUUAUAAAACGCUCUCUGUCUCACUCCGUCUCUAUGGCUCAUCAAGACUGUAAUUUCAGAAUCACUGUAAUCAGCCUACCCCCAGGAGCACAGCAGUGUCGAGCGAGGGGGAGUCUCGCUAAGUGCCAACGUCCGCCAUGUUGUUUUGUUCCAUCUCCUCUCCUCUUGCAAGAAGGCAUGUGACAGAGUACAGUGGAACAAGCUUGGUUCUGAAAAGGUCCACUCCGUAAUUCGAAAAACAGCAAAAUAAUGUAAAUCUCAGUGGGCCUUUUUAUGUCUGUCACCUGCUGCACUGCUGCUGUGUUCUGUGAUGCACAUCAAAGUAGUAGGGCUGAAAGUAAAAGUUUGAUUUGUUGUUCUCCCUGAUAGUCUGGUGUGAUCCAUUUUGUUGAUUGGGCAUAUAUCACUCGAACAGGGGCUAUUCUGAAGGAAAUGUAGAUGUGGAAUUGUUCUCUUUCUCGCUAAACUAGUUCUUGUUCAUUAUUUUCUCACACAAGAAUCCCCUUCCUUUUCAUCUGCUAGGCUUGAAAGCAAUGAUAAGGAAGGCGUUGUAACAUCAAAAUCCAACUGAGAUAUUUCAUUAGGGGUUUAUUCUGUCUUCAGACCACCCCUUUCAAACAACAACAGAAAAAUAUGUUUUCUCCCCUUGUCCUUCUGCCUCUUUCCCUGCUCAGAGCUCCCUAUGGAGCUGCUCCCAUGACGAUAUCUGGAAUCGAGAGCUGUUUGUGUGUUUAAAGGCAUCCACAUGUUUCCCUUCCGAAACAGUUUGUGCAUAUAUUAGAUGACGUUGUUGUUCGUUUUGGACAUGGGUAAGGUUUUUUUCAGCUGUUUGGACACACAAAACGUUUUCUCGAGACAUGCCGAAGUUGGUAGACGAAGUCUAUGCCCCUUCGUCGUGAUCGGUCAACAGUAGGGAUUCUUCAAGAAAGUCCGUCAUCAACGAGAGACAACUCGUUUUCAUGCACAGUUGUUCAUUGAGAAAUACUGCACCAAACAUCUUUUACAUCUAAGAUCUCCUCUGCAAAAACGUCAAAAUUAAUGACAUAUUUCUUGAGUUAUCUUAGAUUAAUUCUGACUAUUUUUCGGAAGUGUAUACUGGCUACGGCAUCUCAAAAUGGACAAACAGUACUAUUGUUGCUUUGUUCUAGUUUUUCAAGCGAAGGUCUUUUAAGGGAGUAUGCGAGCACACUCGUUUAGUUCUCGGCUAGGCGCCAGCCCAACUGAAGCAUGCUGACGCCUUAAGGCAUCUGUCCCAUAGAAUAGGGACUGUCACACAGAGCCACAAUGUCCUGUCUACAGGGCCCUGGUUGGUCACACAGAGCCACAGGAUCCUGGCUACAGGGCCCUGGUUGGUCACACAGAGCCACAGGAUCCUGGCUACAGGGCCCUGGUUGGUCACACAGAGCCACAGGAUCCUGGCUACAGGGCCCUGGUUGGUCACACAGAGCCACAGGAUCCUGGCUACAGGGCCCUGGUUGGUCACACAGAGCCACAGGGUCCUGGCUACAGGGCCCUGGUUGGUCACACAGAGCCACAGGAUCCUGUCUUCAGGGCCCUAAUUGGUCUAACAAGGGUUCUUUAGUGAUGUAGCAGGCCAUCUAUCUCCAGGCUGUCGAUACAUGCCACAGAACACAUUGUCUCUCUGACAUCAUUUUUGACAGUAAAGACUGGACUUGGGACUGUAAUUUUUUUUCCCCCAAGGUGAGGAGUGUCAUCAGUGGUAAGGGGAAUACGUAUUAAAUAUCUUAAGAAAUUCUCAUGGAAAGGAGCUAGGUGUAGAGUAGAGCAGGGCGGUAUGAACAAAAAGUUAUAAAUUAACCCAUUUUGCUCUAAAGAGAAAUAAAAAGAAUUAUGCGCAGUUACUUUCAAUUAGUGGCAGGGCUCUAGACUGACUUUUCCAGUGCCAAGUAAGACAUUCAAUAAGUUUGCUAUUUCAUCUGACAUGUUCAGGGACUGCAUGAUGGAUAUUUUGAUGUGCAGCAUGUCAAAAUAGGAUUCAGAAUGGGCAGAUUUAUUUUAGGCUCUUUAGAGAUUAAUUUGCCUGCAUCUUUUUUGUGCAUAUUGGCUUAGGCUAUAUGCUACAUAAUUCACCACAUGAGGAAGUGGGAACUCAAAACACAUUCGCUAGAUUGCUAACCCUAAAUGAUAUUGUUGCUAGAUAGUAGUGCUGAGCGAUUAGUGCUUCUUGAGGUCGGUUUCGGUUCCAGUAUUUAUUUUUCACAGAUUUUGGUUUCAAUCUUUUUUUAAACAUUAAAUGCACUAUGCAUUAUGUGGGCAGAAUGCUGUAACCGCACAAUAAAACAAUUAACAAAAGUCCCAUGAUGGUAGUGACUGCCCAUUGCAGCUUAUCACUUAACCAUCAUGUAUUCACAUUACUUUACUUUAAUAAAAUAUUACAUUUGUUUUAUUUGAUGACUUUAUUUCAUUUCAAGUCAUCUCAUCGCUAGAGCUGCUGCCUAUUCUGUCUGACAAAUUCACUAUUUAGUAGUUCUUCAAAGUAAAUAAGGCAUACUUUUAUGACUGCUGAAUACCAACUAUCAAUCACUUAGAUCAUGUAUUUUCAGGUAGAGAUACCUCACGAAGCAACUGCUCUCUUAUCCCGCUUGAUCGCGCAUUCUUCUGUCUCCCUCCAUGUCUGCCCCACACCAACCUAACAUAGCAAGCGUAAAAGAAAGACACAAACUGGACAAGUAGGCGCGCAAUGGAUUAUGGUCAUUGUAAGCAAAAUGUUGGUUUAAAAAUAAAGCAAAAUGUUCUGUUUAUCAUCCCAGCUCUAGUGUACAGUGCAUUCGGAAAGUAUUCACACCCCUUGACAUUUUGUUAAGUUACUUUAAUCCAUUUUAGAAUAAGGCUGUGUUUUUUACCCCUCAUUAAUCUACACACAAUACCCCAUAGUGACAAAGCAAAAACAGGUUUUUAGAAAGUUUCGCAAAUUUAUUAAAAACGGAAAUAUCAUAUUUGCAUAAGUAUUCAGACCCUUCACUCAGUACUUUGUUGAAGCACCUUUGGCAGCGAUUACAGCCGCGAGUCUUCUUCGGUAUGAUGCUACAAGCUUGGCACCCCUGUAUUAGGGGAGUUUCUCCCAUUCUUCUCUGCAGAUCCUCUCAAGCUCUGUCAGGUUGGAUGGGGAGCGUCGCUGCACAGCUAUUUUCAGGUCUCUCCAAAGAUGUUAGAUCAGGUUCAAGUCCAGGUCUGGCUGGGUACACUCAAGGACAUUCAGAGACUUGUCCUGAAGCCACUCCUGCGUUGUCUUGGCUGUGUGCCUAGGGUCGUUGUCCUGUUGGAAGGUGAACCUUUGCCCCAGUCUGAGGUCCUGAGCACUCUGGAGCAGGCUUUCAUCAAGGAUCUCUCUGUACUUGGCUCCGUUCAUCUUUCCCUCGAUCCUGACUAGUCUCCCAGUCCCUGCCGCUGAAAAACAUCCCCACAGCAUGAUGCUGCCACCACCGUGCUUCACUGUAGGGAUGGUGCCAGGUUUCCUCCAGACGUGACGAGUUCAAUCUUGGUUUCAUCAGACCAGAUAAUCUUGUUUCUCAUGGUCUGAGAGUCUUUAGGUGCCUUUUGGCAAAGUCCAAGCGGGCUGUCAUGUGCCUUUUUACUGAGGAGUGGCUUCCGUCUGGCCACUCUACCAUAAAGGCCUGAUUGGUGGAGUGCUGCAGAGAUGGUUGGUCUUCUGGAAGGUUCUCCCAUCUCCACAGAGGAACUCUGGAGCUCUGUCAGAGAGACCAUCGGGUUCUUGGUCACCUCCCUGACCAAGGCCCUUCUCCCCCAAUUGGUCAGUUUGGCCGGGUGGCCAGCUCUAGGAAGAGUCUUGGUGGUUCCAAACUUUUUCAGUUUAAGAAUGAUGGAGGCCACUGUGUUCUUUGACCUUCAAUGCAGCAGAAUCUUUUUGGCACCCUUCCCCAGAUCUGUGCUUCGACACAAUCCUGUCUCAGAGCUCUACGGACAAUUCCUUCGAUCUCAUGGCUUGGUUUUUGCUCUGAUAAGCACUGUCAACUGUGGGACCUUAUACAGUUGAAGUCGGAAGUUUACAUACACUCGUUUUUCAACCACUCCACAAAUGUCUUGUUAACAAACUAUAGUUUUGGCAAGUCGGUUAGGACAUCUACUUUGUGCAUGACACUAGUAAUUUUUCCAACAAUUGUUUACAGACCGAUAUUUCACUUAUAAUUCACUGUAUCACAAUUCCAGUGGGUCAGAAGUUUACAUACACUAAGUUGACUGUGCCUUUAAACAGCUUGGAAAAUUCCAGAAAGGGAUGUCAUGGCUUUAGAAGCUUCUGAUAGGCUAAUUGACAUACUUUGAGUCAAUUGGAGGUGUACCUGUGGAUGUAUUUCAAGGCCUACCUUCAAACUCAGUGCCUCUUUGCUUGACAUCAUGGGAAAAUCAAAAGAAAUCAGCCAAGACCUCAGCAAAAAAAUUGUAUACCUCCACAGGUCUGGUUCAUCCGCCUGAAGGUACAACGUUCAUCUGUACAAACAAUAGUACGCAAGUAUAAACACCAUGGGACCACGCAGCCGUCAUACCGCUCAGGAAGGAGACACGUUCUGUCUCCUAGAGAUUAACGUACUUUGGUGCGAAAAGUGCAAAUCAAUCCCAGAACAACUGCAAAGGACCUUGUGAAGAUGCUGGAGGAAACGGGUACAAAUUCACCCAACUUAUUGUGGGAAGCUUGUGGAAGGCUACCCGAAACAUUUGACCCAAGUUAAACAAUUUAAAGGCAAAGCUCCCAAAUACUAAUUGAGUGUAUGUAAACUUCUGACCCACUGGGAAUGUGAUGAAAGAAAUAAAAGCUGAAAUAUAUCAAUGUCUCUACUAUUAUUCUGACAUUUCACAUUCUUAAAAUAAAGUGGUGAUCCUAACUGACCUAAGACAAGGAAUUUCUUACUAGGAUUAAAUGUCAGGAAUUGUGAAAAACUGAGUUUAAAUGUAUUUGGCUAAGGUGUAUGUAAACUUCCAACUUCAACUGUAUAUACAGGUGUGUGCCUUUCCAAAUCAUGUCCAAUCAAUUGAAUUUACCACAUGUGGACUCCAAGUUGUAGAAACAUCUCAAGGAUGAUCAAUGGAAACAGGAUGCACCUGAGCUCAAUUUCGAGUCUCAUAGCAAAGGGUCUGAAUACUUACAGUACCAGUCAAAAGUUUGGACACACCUACUCAUUCCAGGGUUUUUCUUUAUUUUUACUAUUUUCUACAUUGUAGAAUAAUAGUGAAGACAUAAAAACUAUGAAAUAACACAUAUGGAAUCAUGUAGUAACCAAACAAGUGUUAAACAAAUCAAAAUAUAUUUUAUAUUUGAGGUUCUUCAAAUAGCCACCCUUUGCCUUGAUGACAGCUUUGCACACUCUUGGCAUUCUCUCAACCAGCUUCACCUGGAAUGCUUUUUCAACAUUCUUGAAGGAGUUCCCACAUAUUCUGAGCAUUUGUUGGCUGCUUUUCCUUCACUCUGUGGUCCAACUCAUCCCAAACCAUCUCAAUUGGGUUGAGGUCGGGGGAUUGUGGAGGUCAUGUCAUCUGAUGCAGCACUCCAUCACUCUCCUUCUUGGUAAAAAUAGCCCUUACACAGCCUGGAGGUGUGUUGGGUCAUUGUCCUGUUGAAAACAAAUGAUAGGCCCACUAAGCCCAAACUAGAUGGGAUGGCGUAUCGCUGCAGAAUGCUGUGGUAGCCAAGCUGGUUUAUUGUGCCUUUGAAUUCUAAAUAAAUCACAGACCGUGUCACCAGCAAAGCACCCCAACCAUAACACCUCCUCCUCCAUGCUUUACGGUGGGAAAUACACAUGCUGAGAUCAUCCGUUCACCCACACCGUGUCUCACAAAGCCACGGCGGUUGGAACCAAAUAUCUCACAUUUGGACUCAUCAGACCAAAGGACAAAUUUCCACCGGUCUAAUUUCCAUUGCUCAUGUUUCUUGGCCCAAGCAAGUAUCUUCUUCUUAUUGGUGUCCUUUAGUAGUGGUUUCUUCCCCUCCCAUCCUUUUCCUCUGUGCGUGUGUGUACAAGGGAGAGUCAUGUAAAGUUACGAGCUAGCAGGUUGCUGUUAGAGUCCAGGCCAGGCAGCAUCUUUAUUUAUCAUUGGGGAGAGAGACUGAGGAGAGAUGUUAAAUAGAUGAACACACACACACAAUAGCUGUGAAAUGUUAAGGGCUGUCUGAGCAGAGGAGAGGAGUGGGUCAAGUACACACUGGAACACACAGAAACAGCUUGUCGUCAGACUGAGUCAGAGCCUGUUGAGAGACAGUCAACCUCAGCAGCUCAAGUGCCUGGAAAGUGGAAAUGGCCCCCUGGUUCCUCCACAGAACAGAGAAGAGAAGGAAGCAUGUAGAGAUAAGAGCGAAGUACAACAAAUGGAGCAGGCAGAACAAUUUUACUCUCUCAGUAGCUACUUUACCGAAGGGGCUGCAUGGGAAGAUACUGAGAUCUGAAGUAGAUGACGACUACAUUCUCUCUGUCAGCAUUACGAGUCUCUUGCUGUUUAAAUUAAGUCUCUCUUGUCUUGUCAUUAUGAAACGCUCAGAGAGGGAGAGCAGUGUGAAAUUGAAAAAGGGACGAGGAGGCCUUAAUUGUCAUUGCUGUAUGGCACUGAUGUCUCAGAUUCAAUAUCCUGCUAGUGUGCGAAACAUUUUUCAUUUAAAACAGCGUGAGCCUUUGGCUUCCUUACUGUUUAAAUCUUGUUUGGUGAAAACAGUAGUUUGAAUAAAAACCUGUGUCUUACUGAGUGUGCAGUAGUUUUGCUAUCCGUCUCUCCUCUCUCUGAGGAUCUCUUCAGCUGGAGAUCACACAGAUGUGCCCGUAGCCACAUGCACAAUGCACGCUCAUGCACAGUAUUGUACAGUUUAGAUAAAUUGGACAUCUUGAUUAGAUUAGAUUAGAUCUUCCUGUCAUUGAAGGGAGAGAUGGCUCUUGGAGGUCAUUAGUCAUCUCUGCAACAAAAGUUGCAAAGGUGGGACUGGCUGGCUGGGCAGGCGCUGCGGUUGUGUCUGUGCUCUGUUUGCUUACCCAGGCAUUAAGUCAGAAGCAGGAAUUAAGCAGCCAAUGAUUGAGAGUGUUGAGCUCAAAUGCCUGGCCCAGACCCCUGUAUUAAUGAGCCUGCCAUCAGCAGGCAGAGCAGUUUGCAAGACUGAAACACGCAAUCACAUUAGCACAUGCUAAACACACACACGACACACACACACACACACACUACAGCAUCGGCACACACACUGGGGCAUUGUUAAAUAUAGCCAGUGAGGUGCUUAGCAGCUUAAACAAAUGUCUCAGUCAGAGGGCUCAGUGGUGUUCCUGAGAUCAGAGACGCUGUGUGAUUACUGUCUGCUGUCAUGGAGCUGCUCCACACUCUCUCUGCCUGUCUUUGCCACUCUGCCUCCUUCAUUUUCAAGGUGUUGACUGUACUUCCUUUUUCAGCACACGAACACAAUAAAUAUAAUUAUAUAUUUAAAAGGAAGAAAAAAAUUGAUCCGGUGGGGGACACGAACCUACGCCGCAAGUUGCAGCAAUUGUCAAGAACUCGGCACUCUACACUCUGAGCUAUUUGUGCAGUCAUGUUACAACUUGUGAUAGUUAGUUUGAUUAUCAGAACGUGCCGGUGGACUUCUGGUAAGGACGCUUUUUUGAAAAAGUGUUAGAUCAAGUCCAACUACGUUUAACGAUUUUAAUUGGCUGAUAUGGAAUCUGUUACCAGAUGUAAUUAUGUGCUCAGCUGGUCGUCCUCAGCAUAGUGGCUAAUUGUGCCAGGUUGGCCUAUGAGAAAAGCUAGCAGCUGGCCAUUUUAGACCACUGGUAUCAACCUCGGGUCUAAGCAAAAGUUUGAGUAUGGCCCCAUCGUGGCCAGAAGCUACUGACCUCUCUGCUACUGUCUGAAUGACUGACAGCCCUUACCCCUACUAUGGCACUUCAGAAUAGGAAUAGGAAUGGAAUGUGUUGCUUGCUUGCAGGGGAAUCCAGGCAAGAACUCCCUGUAUGUAUCCAAAAUGGCACCUUAUUCCCUAUAUACUGCACUGCUUUUGACCAAAAGUAGUGCACUAUAAUGGGAAUAGGGUGCCAUUUGGGACUCUGCUUCUGUUGUGUCCCCAUGAGAUGAGAGCACUGUGCUGUUAGGGGAAGCGCAGAGAUUUGGAAUGUGAUAAUGUUGUUGAAGUCAGUCAGGUUCUGUUCUUCUCAGAAGAGAACCUUAGAACCUCAGUUCAGAUUACCACACAUCUGCUCUUCUGAUGGGAAACCUGUCAUUUUACUUUUUACCUGCGUUAACGCGUUUCUCUCUCGCUUCCCCUCUUUCUCUUUGUCCUUCCCCCCUCUCACCUUCUCCCCUCCACCCCUCUGUCUCUGUCUCUGUCUAUCACCCCAGGGGACACUACACAGAGGAUGAGAUCUGCUCAAUAUCCAACACCUGCAGAAUUGGAUGCUUAUGCUAAGAAGGUUGCCAACAACCCCCUGACCAUUAAGAUCUUCCCCAACAGCGUCAAGGUCCCCCAGAGGAACCACGUGCGCCGCACAGUCAACGGGCUGGAUACUUCAGGCCAGCGCUAUAGCCCCUACCCCCCCUCUCAGGCUAGCGCCAAGGCCGGCCUCCUUGCCAUCAUCAAGAUGCCCGUCAUCAAGGGCAUCCUCAAAGACUUUGAUGGCAGCCGGGUACGCCUGCACCCCUCCGAGGUCAUCAUGAACCCCCCUGGCCCCGGAGGACCAUACGCAGCAGCGGCCUCUGCCAGCACUUUAAACCUCCACCACCCCCCUUCCCAAGGCCAGGGCCAGGGCAUGCCCCGGCAGAGCCAUCACCCUCACCCUGGGAGCCAGACUCACCCUCAGACUCUACAACAGACUCACCCCCAGCAGCAGGGUCAGUGCCAGGUCCUCAGACACCCACACCCCAUGCCCCAGCAGCACCCAGAGCAGAGUCUGCCCAGGCCCCAGACUCUGUCCCACCCCCCAGCCCUGGGCCACCCCCAGCCUCCCUCUGGCUCCACCCUCCUGCUCCAACAGCAGCAGCAACAGAACGUUCAGCAGCAGGGGCAGCCUCCUCCCAGCCUGCAGGGGGGCCGGAAGCUGCCAGACGCUGAUGCGCCGCCUAACGUGACCGUCUCUACCUCAACAAUUCCUCUGUCCAUGGCCGCCGGCCUGAACCAGGGCCGCCAGCCAGACCUGAGCAGCAUCAUGCACCAGAUCAACCAGUUCUGCCAAUCCCGGGCCCAGGGGGCUGGAGCCACCUCCAUGUGCGAGGGCCAGAUCGCCAACCCCAGCCCCAUCAGCCGCAACCUCCUCAUCAACGCCAGCUCCAGGUUGUCCUUGCACAGCCACCCCCACCCACACCCCAAUGUCUGUCCCCCCGGGCUGCCCCCUCACCCCAACUGCAUCAUGUGCCCCGCGAACAAGGCUGCUGCCCCCUCUCACCCCCAAAACAACAUGGCUGCCAUUAACAGGAUGCCUGUUUACCACAAUGAUAUCAAACAGCAGCAGCAGCACCAACAGCAUUUACAACAGCAGCAUCAAGAACAACAGCAUCAACAACAGCAUCAACAACAACAACAACAACAACAACAACAACACCACCAUAAUCACCAACAGCAGAUGCGCUGGAACCAGCAGCAGUUGGCUCAUCUACAGCACAUGCAGCAGGAUGGCGGGGGCCACCCCUGCAAGCACCCCUCCCACAUGGGCUACCCCCCGGAGCUGUGUGUGGGCCAGCCAUACAGCCUGAAGCCUCCUAUAGAGAAGCCCACCCCCUCUCCCCCCGUCAACAACAACAACAACAAUGGCAUGCCUGGGGGUCCACUGGCCCACUACACCAGCGGUGGCCACUAUUUCCAGCCACACGCUGUGUGGAACAGCAGUAUCCUGCCAACGCCCAACAGCGACAGCUCCGGGUCUCAGGACCUGUCCAUGCCAUUCCAUGGUGGGCCCCCAGGGGGCGCCACCACCCUAGACUGUGGUGGGCCCCCUGGGGGAGGCCAUUACAGGCCCGGCGCGGGCUCCUCCUCCUCCGGCCAGACUAGUCUGGUGCAUACGGCAGAUUACUUGGGUGGGGACUUCCAGACGCCCUGCUUCCGAGAUCACAAUCUGGGGCUGAUGGGUAAGAUGCACAGGCCUCCCAUGAACAGGGUGGGGCCCGAGGUUGGCCCCGGGGACGGCAGAACCGAUCACAUCCAGCACCCAGGGUACAGAUAA